GUAGAAAGCUAGCUAGUAACAAACAACCAACAUUUCUAAUUUUAGUUCUAAUUCUUUUCUCAACCUACAAGUCUUCUCUUCUUCCAUUUAUUUUCCAUCUCCCACUUAAUCAACCCUCUCUCUUUGUUGUUAUGCAACUCACAACUCACAAAUGCAGAGAUCACUAUGGUUGCAUCAAUAUUCUCCUCUUACAACAUACCAAUCUUUAAUCCAUCCAAUUCCAACACACUACUAUACUCGAUGCCAACACAUUUGGCCGUUAUUUCUUGCUACUCUCUCCAUUUAUUUUUGUGUUUCAGCUAGUCUUUUAUAUGGUUUUUAUGGUGAUUCUCGCUUGAUUCUUGGUCCUAGCUCAUCACGUUUGAUCAAAACAAGUUCACUUUUUGUGAAACAAAUUGAAGUAACAAAUGAGUAUACUAAUAAUAAUAAUAAUAAUGAUGAUGAUGAUGUUCAUCUUUAUGGCUUCAAUGAGAAACCAGAGUUAAGUUCUCAAAUAAAUUGGACUACAUCAAAGUUCCUACUUGUUGAACCAUAUAGUCGCAAGGGAAUUUCUCUGUGGUUAAAUAAAGGUUCCACUAUUUGUUUGAGGUGGGAAGCAGAGGCUAGUAGUUUAAAUCAGCUUGAAGGCAUAGUGAUUAAAGAUUUUUGUUUCACAGGAGAAAGGAGGUUAGAAAAACUAAAGCCUAGACAAAUGAUUGAGGCAACAACAAUUGAUGUUAGGGAGACUGAGAAUGGUGGUAAAGUAGCUGAAUACAUGGUUGAGGAAGAUGAUAGAUACCACAUUGGAGUUCUAAACAUGAAUCCUAGGAACACAAUCUCGACCAUGAAUAUCAAUGUUUCUGCAAAGGUAUAUGAUACUACCAAAGCCAAGAAUAUGUGUUCAACUAGGAAUGGAUCGUGCAAACUUGGCCUUUUUUUCCCUACCACAUAUUAUGUGAUUCUAUCAACACCAAAAAAUGGAGAUGAUGAUGAUGAUGGGGGAAUGUUUGUUGACAUUGCUUUUAUGGCUCGUGUUUUUGCCUACAUAAUUCUUUUAGGAGUUUUCAUGAUUAUCAUUUUUGUGAUAUUGAAAUGCCUUGAAGCCGGUAAUGGUGAUAACGAAAAUGUAGUUGCAACACAAGAAGUAACUGAAACUGAACCACUCACACGUGUGCAGUCAAAUCCAAUGACAUAUGGAACAAUUAACAAAUUUCAUAUGGAAGAAUCAGAUGGUUCAAGUAGCUCUUCAGAGGAGUUAUAUGAUGAAAAAUUAUGUGUAAUUUGUUAUGAUGAACAACGUAACUGUUUCUUUGUUCCUUGUGGUCAUUGUGCUACUUGCUAUGACUGUGCACAAAGGAUUGUGGUUGGGGAGAGCAAAGUUUGUCCAGUAUGUCGGAGACUUAUUCAUAAAGUACGAAAACUAUAUAAUAGUUAGAUUUAUAAUUUUAAAUUGCAAUUUGCACCUUCUAUAGAGGAUGGUUGCGCAAAAGCAACCACCAUGGUACAAUUGCAAUUUAAAAUUAUAGUCAGACAUGCAAAUUGAUGUAGAAAGAUCAUGUUAAUUCAAUUGUUAUAUUAUGAUUUUGACGGUGCAAUUCGCAAAUUGAUUUAGAAAAGUUUAUUUAGUA